AUGUGGUUCUGCCAUCCGCUGUCGUCGCAGAAGGGAGGAUUCAGAUUCCAGACGGGGGCAAGUCCAGACGGUGAGGCUGAUGCCAAGGAUGAGGGGCUGAUCGAGUUUUGUCUGGGGCCGGGGAGGGGCGUUGAGCGCCCGGUUGACCUGCUAGGCCCGCUUCGUCGUAACAUCAACGUCGGCGGACCUUGGACGCUGCCCCGGGCUUCUCUUCUUGGUCAACAUUCUCACGGCGCCCGCUCACCGCAGUUUCCCAGACUUUCCUCUCGUUUUGCUUCCCUUUGGACACGACUUCCACAUCAACACGACGCCCACAAUACCAUGGCGACGGCACCAGCCCACGAGCUCAAGCUCGACCCCAAGUACGACGACUACGACUAUCCCACAACGGCGCCCACCCCCCAGAGUGGACAUCCUGGCCAUACAACGCCCGAGCAAGAUGCCCAGGUGCACCAGCUACGGAGCCUUCUCGAGCAGGAGGGACAUACCAAGAAUCUUGACACGCUGACACUGCUACGAUUUCUCCGCGCACGCAAGUUCAAUGUGGAGCUGGCCAAGAAGAUGUUCCAGGACUGCGAGAAAUGGCGGAACGAGUACGCUGGUAUCGGCGUGGAGGAGCUAGUCCGCACCUUUGACUACAAGGAGCGACCCCAGGUCUUUGAGUACUAUCCGCAGUAUUACCACAAGACUGACAAGGAUGGCCGCCCCGUCUACAUUGAGCAGCUCGGCAAGGUCGAUCUCACCGCCCUCGGCAAGAUUACUUCGCAAGAUCGCAUGAUCCAGAAUCUCGUUUGCGAGUACGAAAAGAUGGCUGACCCACGUCUGCCCGCCUGCUCCCGCAAGAGCGGCUACCUUCUCGAGACCUCGUGUACAAUCAUGGACCUCAAGGGCGUCGGCAUCGCCAAAGCUACCUCGGUCUACGGCUACCUGCAAGCCGUCUCUGCAAUCUCCCAAAACUACUACCCUGAGCGUCUCGGCAAGAUGUACGUCAUCAACGCACCCUGGGGUUUCUCAGGCGUCUUCAGCGUUGUCAAGAAGUUCCUCGACCCAGUUACAAGCGCCAAGAUCCACGUCUUGGGGAGCGGAUACCAGGCUGAGCUGUUGGCUCAGGUCCCAGCAGAGAACUUGCCCAAGGCGUUUGGCGGCAGUUGCGAGUGUGAGAAGGGAUGUCAAUUGAGCGAUGCGGGGCCAUGGUGGGAUCCACAGUGGGUAAAGGAACCCAAGUGGGCCAAGAAGAAUGACGACAAUGCUAUCGACAAUACAGGAAUGACGCCUCAGAUACAAGAUGCUGGUGCGCCUGCACCGGCGGCACCUGUGGCUGCUGACCCGGCCCAGGCUCCCAUCACGCAGCCUCAGGCUUAA